AAAUAGCCCCUGGUUUUAGUUUUUUCCGCUGUGUUUCUUCAUUUAUACUCAACAACAUACAAUUUAAUUUAACUAACCCCCUCAACUCCAACAUCAUCAAACAAUUUACCCAUAAAAAAUGCACAUAGUAAAUAUCUAAGCAUACUCGAUACCCAGAUCAUAGUUUUCUUGAAAUAUUUCCAGUUAAAGAGAAAAAAACUGAUUCAAUUUGAGGAUGAGGAUCGACAAAAAUGUGUGUGAACGAAGAGGUAGAGAGUAUAGCGAUUCGAAGAAGAACCGGAGAAGACAGAGGAUGAUUUCCCCGGUUCAAAGACUUUAUGAAACUUGCAAAGAAACCUUUGCUAAUUGUGGUCCUGGUGUUGUACCAUCUGCAGAAAAGAUUGAACGUCUCAAGGAAGUUUUGGAUACCAUGGCUGGAGCAGACGUUGGCUUGAGACCGAACAUGCCAUAUUUUAAGUCAAUAAGAUAUGACAGACCACCUACAAUAACGUACCUGCACCUCCAUGAGUGUGAUAAAUUCUCAAUUGGUAUCUUCUGCUUGCCCCCAUCAGCUGUCAUUCCACUUCAUGAUCACCCUGGAAUGACGGUUUUUAGUAAGCUUCUUUUUGGAGAAAUGCACAUAAAGUCGUAUGACUGGGUGGGCAACCUCCCUGCUGAACCAACUCCACUUGCUAAGCCUUUAGAUCAUGGACUUGGGGAUUCUACUACUGGAAUUCGUCUAGCAAAAGUGAAGAUGAAUUCAGCGUUUAGAGCUCCUUGCAAGACCUCCAUCUUAUAUCCAGCUGAUGGUGGUAAUAUGCAUUGUUUCACAGCAAAAACAGCUUGCGCCGUGCUAGAUGUGCUUGGCCCACCAUAUUGUGAUCCUGAAGGUCGCCACUGUCAAUACUACUAUGACUUCCCGUUUUCCAAUAUCUCCGUUCCCGAGGAACAGAAGGGUGACUAUGCAUGGCUGAAAGAGAGGGAAAAACCUGAUGACUUAACUGUAGUUGGAGCAUUGUACAAGGGACCAAAAAUGGUUGAGUGAAUUGAAUUAUCCCCACCAAGAGAAUUUCUGUGGAUGAUGACGAAAGUUGGCAGUGAAGCAGAACCAAAAAAGAAAAAAACUUUUUUUUUUCCUUUUCUUAUCUUUCUUUCCCUUGUUUUCCUCCCUAAUUUUUCUUUGUUUUCCCUUCUUGCGGUUUGCUAGUGUACAUAUUCAGACCGGAGGAAACAAACGAAGGUCAUGGCGAAAAUUUGAUGCAGUAGUUUUUUUUUUUUUUUUCCAACAGUUACAUAUUUCUGACUUAGCGUCAUGUUUUAGGAUUUGUCUAAGUACCACUUUUUAUGGUACAAUUUGCUAUUUGACUAGUAGCUCAGGUUGUCCUACAUA